AUGGCGAGCAGUUCCCUGCACAAAUGCAUGCUGGUCCUGACCUUCCUGCUCCUGCUGUGUGAGAUUGUUGUCAGCCGCCUCUGUAACUCCCUCAUCACCAUGGUGGACGUCUUCCACACCCUCUUCAUCCUCAUGCACAUGGCUCUUCCUCUUCCUCAACCCACCCUGGGUAGAGGCCCCCCAAAACCCACACCUGCCUCCCCUCUCUCCACCCCCAUCACCUCCACCCCCACUCAGUCACCUGUCAAAUCUCCCCCCUAUGCCCCAGCCACCUCCUGUGUCUCCCCCAUCCCCUCCAACUCAACUCCCUGUCCCUCUCCUUCCCUCUCAACGCCUGUCCCCACCACCACUUCCCAGUUUACCUCCAAACCUCUCACCUCUCGUUUGCAGUAUGUUGACCCUACAAGCACCCAUUGUUUCUCCCCUGACCACUCUGAUUCCAACCACGACACCUCUUAUCCCCAUCCCACCUUGUCUGUUCCAACCAACCCUUUCCCCCGACGCCUCACCCCUCUGGCCUCCCUGUGUGGCCUGUCCUACAGCGAGGCGAGGGUCCAGCCCCUGGGGGCUCUGAUCUCAGCCCUCCUGCUGGCUGCCCUGUGUGUCUCUGUCUCUCUGGAGAUCCUCAGCCACACCCUGCAGCCCCACCCUAUACAGCACCCUCUUUUGGCCACGGUGAUGGGGGCUGUCAGUCUGCUCUACAACCUCCUGGUGCUGGGGCUCAGCUGGGGCAGCUUGCUGGGGACCAAGACUAGAGCUGCCUGGGAGGGGGGGGAGAGCUCUGUCCUUGGUGUGAAUGGAAAAGGCACAGUGCAUUCUUUGCUUUUAUUAUUAAUGUCAGUGUGGGAGGGAAUUGUGUACAAGUUCUGCAUUAAUAUGGUAGGUUCACUAGAAUAUAAGCAAUGAACAUCUGUUGUUUGUUUUUCAUUCCUUCUCUCUAACACACCACAGUCAAGGCCAAGGUCCAGACCAAAGACAGCACUGCAGUGGGGGGAGAGAAUGACAUCAGUAACCUCCCUACAUCUCUGGAUGGUGCCUUCCAAGAUGGAACACUUGUACUCUGUAACCCUGGGACCUCCAGUGUCCUGAACCCUGACAGUGACUCUCAGCACCCACCCCAGACAUCCCCACUCCAUACCAUGGCCCCUCAGGGUCGCCUUUCAGACCACUGCCAUGGAGCAUACACACUCCCUGCAGACUGCGGAACUUCAGAGACACCAAACAACUUCCCACAUCCAGAGGCCAGUGGCUGUCAUCCUAAGGACCCCCACUCUGAGGUGUCUAAGUAUAGUGCCUGCAUGGGACACAGA